GCAACUCCGCAUAUUAUUCCUAGAAAAACAAGUUGUCCGUCAUUGCAUUGGGGCUGUAAGCUGGUGAACGAUCUACUAGGUUCCCGCUACCAAGCCCGCUGGCGUUAUGAUAUCUGUUCUUGAUUUGCCUUCAGAAGUCUUAGAGACUAUAAUAGUGUCUCUUAGCGACGCCCCUCUCUCAAUAUCCGCCCUAUCGAAGUCAUGCGGAAGGUUCUUCUCACUGAUAUACGAGACACACGAUGACUAUCUCUGGCGGAGAAUAUUUCUAGCUAGAUAUGAUGAUCCCCGAGAUUCUGAUUAUCUUAACGUGAACGCAUUUGACAAGCACGGAUGGAGAAAGGAGUACACCAGUCGGGCUUUCGCUGAAGACUGUAUUGCGCGUCCCAGUCUUAUCGAAUCACCAGCUAGUGAGAAAUGGCUUGGGAUCAAACGGGAACAUUUCCCUUCGCUAAUCGAGUCCAUGCUGCGGCUGUGUACUACCGCAUCUCCUCUUUCUGCUGCGAACUCUGAAUCAGACUCCCCCUCAUCUAUAAACAAUGUUUCGAAGGCAGAGAAUGAGAAGGACGCUUCUCUGAACAUCCGACAAAUUAAUAAGUUGGCAACGGGUGGGCAUUUUCAUCCCCUCCUGUCCUGGCUUUCGCCUCCGUACCGGAAGAGCGCCGAAGAUGCAAUACAAGCGGCAUGCAAGUUACUGGCAUUCUUAGGCCCGCGAAGCACGGUGAAAUGCGAUCGUUGGCCCACAUCCGAUCCAUUCGAAGACUCAUCGUGCGCACUUGCUCUCAAGUACGGGCGGAGAAGGACUUAUGAUAUGGACUACCCUGAGCGGGAACGACUGUUCGGCCCCUUCAUCCAUCAUAGCCAUCACGAAUGCACGCCUGACUGGAUCCAACUUGCUGCAAUACGUUUUGUCUGUGAGGACGCAGCCUUGACGGAAGGUGUUCAACUUCAACUGCCUGCGAGUGACCUUAAUAGACUGCGGCCUUGCAAUUGGACGGCACAGCGCAGUCUGUGCCCUACUGCUCACAACGUUGAUAACUUGUGCAAGACUGAACGCGACUGGGCUGGUGUAGAAGGCGCUUGGCGGUUAUUCGUCGUGUGGCUUGGAUACGAUUCACUGAUCGCUUUCAACGGAAACAUGACAAAUGACGAAGAAGUUGACAGCGGACAAGUGCACGUCAACGUGGCCCUUCGCCUACGGGUUGUCUCAUAUGAACCAGACCCCGAAGGAUCUCCACUCUUUCCUGUCAUUAAAAUUGAGGGGGAAUCAGGUGGAGAGGGGUUGGAGGCGCAUCGCGUUGAAGGCAAUGUCUCAAUGUUGUCUGACGGCAGCGUAAGGUGGAGCAUCGUAAGUUAUUGUCUCCGACUGAGUUUAUAUUCACUGGAUGAUCUUGUAUCGUUGCAAAGGUGUCAUUUGCGGAUCACACUAAUGCUCAGACGCAAUGGGCCUUAGAGGGUGUACAGAUCGGUGGGGUUGGAUCGGCAGCAGGGGCAUUAGGCACAUGGACUGGUGCUGAUCAUGAACCCGAUGAUCCCAUUGGUGGCUGGUGGAUAUGGAGGGUCGUAUGAAGUACACCUGUUCCGCAAACAUAUGAAUGGUGGUCUUAAUGGAACAUUUCUUAGCAUGGCAUGGCACCGCUUGAGGAAAUAGUCGAUAAUUAUUACUUAUACACUCUUUUGGAACUUUCCGUCAUAAAUAUUCGUAUCUGAGGUUGGGGUGUGUAAUAGGUGGACAUUGUGGUAGUGUGGUCAAAUCA